AUGGAUUCGACAAAGGUCAUGGACAGAAUUGCAAACUGUCGGAAAGAUCUAGCCAAAUGGAAGCGCUCAUCAAACUCGAACUCCAAGCUUAAUAUGCAGAGAUUAAGUGAGGAACUGGAUAAAGAAUCGGCGAGCACUUCUCCAGAUUUUCAAAAGAUGGCGAACAUCAAACUGGAAUUACUAAAGGCCAUUAAAGAGGAGGAAGUGUAUUGGAGACAAAAGAGCAAGGAGCGCUGGUUACUUGCGGGUGAUAAGAAUACAAGCUUCUUUCAUGGGAAAGUUAAAACGCGAAGAAUGCGCAAUAAUAUCGCAGCACUACAAGAUGUGAAUGGUGUCGACAGAUUCUCGGAAGCAGAGAAAGGAAAUAUAGCUGUUGAAUACUUCUCUACUUUGUUUAAAUCCUCCAAUCCCACUGACCUUGCGGAGCUGUUGGAGGGUUUUCCAGCAAGGAUAUCACAGCAUAUGAAUCGAGAGCUUGUUAAACCAGUUACCGAUGCGGAAAUUCAACGUGCAGCGAAGAGUAUUAAAAGUGACAGUGCUCCUGGAGCCGACGGAAUGACGGGCAAAUUCUUCCAACACUUCUGGGAUAUUACAGGCCCUCAUGUCGCAAUAGAGGUUAAGCUAUUUUUCGAAUCAGGUUGCUUACCUCAAGGCUGGAACUUUACGCAGAUUGCUCUCAUCCCAAAGAAGCCAAAUGCGAAUGCUAUGACGGAUCUACGCCCCAUUAGCUUGUGUUCAGUCACAUAUAAGAUAAUUUCUAGCAUUUUAUGUGCUCGCCUGAAACGAUUUCUUCCGAAGAUUGUCUCCCCGACACAGGGUGCUUUUGUCUCAGGAAGACUUAUCUCGGACAAUCUCCUUAUAGCUCAUGAGAUGGUCCACGGCCUACAUACAAAUCCUCACUGCAAAAAGGACUUCUUAGCUAUUAAGACAGAUAUGUCCAAGGCGUACGAUAGGGUGGAAUGGGGUUUUCUCGAUGAGCUUUUUAAGAGAAUGGGUUUCAAUGACAAAUGGAGAUCCUGGGUUAUGACAUGUGUGACAUCGGUGUCAUAUACAGUUCUCCUGAAUGGACAGGAACAUGGAUCUAUUCGGCCUGCAAGAGGACUCAGACAGGGUGACCCUUUGUCUCCUUUUCUUUUCAUACUAUGCGCUGAGGCUCUGGUUCAUGUAAUGGAUAAAGCUGAGCAAGAGGGCAGAAUUUCGGGCAUGAGGCUUUCUUCUAAAUGUCCUCCGAUUCAGCAUCUCCUCUUUGCUGACGACAGUUUGUUUUUAUGCCGUGCUUCUUUGAGAGAAUGCUCUGAAUUCUUGCGAUGCCUGAAGCUUUAUGGAGACUCUUCUGGUCAAGUCAUCAAUUUUCAGAAAUCCUCAAUUACCUUUGGGCUGGAAAUCGACCCUAUAUCUCGAAGACUUAUCUCUAAUCUGUUGAAUAUUGAUAAAGGAGGGGCGGGUACUUACCUGGGGUUGCCCGAGUGCUUGAGUGGCUCUAAGCAACAAUUGCUGGCCUUCAUUGGGGACAAGUUGAAUAAACGACUCGGCAGCUGGUAUUCUAAGACUCUGUCUUUGGGAGGCAAAGAGAUCUUGCUCAAAUCAGUAGCGAUGGCACUUCCUGUCUACGCUAUGUCAUGUUUUCGACUGACCAAACACCACUGCCGGAAAAUCACUAGUGCGAUGUCAAGCUUCUGGUGGAAUGCGUGUGAGAAGAAGAAUAAAAUACACUGGGUAGCGUGGAAGACAUUGUGCAGAUCGAAACAGAAUGGAGGUCUGGAUUUCCGAGAUAUAGAGACUUUUAACCAGGCUCUCCUAGCCAAACAGGCAUGGAGAAUCAUGAACAACCCUGACAGCUUGAUUUCCAGACUCUAUAAAGGUCGAUACUUUUCGACUAAAGAGUUCCUCGACUGUGGGAAGGGAUAUAGGCCGUCAUAUGCCUGGCGAAGCAUCUUGUUUGGCAGGGAACUUCUUAAGACAGGCCUCCUAAAAUCUAUUGGCAAUGGGAAUAAUACGAAAGUCUGGAUGGACAAAUGGAUAAUGGACGAACAUCCCCGAAGGCCAGUUAACAAGCAAAUCUUCUACGAUCUGGAAUUAAAGGUUAACUCUCUAAUAUCACCGGAAGGUCGAUGGCGAGAAAACACUGUGAGAGAUCUAUUCCCUCCGAUGGAUGCAGAACGAGUUUUGAAGCUUACCAUCAGCAACUCCAGUGACCGGUUUAUAUGGGCAUAUUCAAAGAGUGGAGCAUAUUCUGUACGGAGUGGAUAUUGGUUGGCAGCAAAUCACCCAACAAUUGCUGAGCCGGUACGAUCUCAACAAGAACAACGAAAGCUUGACUUGAUGAACCGAUGUUGGAAAGUGAAAACCAUCCCCAAGAUUAGAGUUUUCCUUUGGCGAUCAGUUGCAGGUGCUUUGGCUGUGGCUUCACGCCUCAAUACUCGGGGCAUACCAGUGAAUGCUACAUAUAACCUUGAAAGCAAUCUCUCCUUUGUGCUGGAUUAUAUGGAAGACACUACAGUAGCAGCGCAGAUGAGAACGCAGACUCCAUGGAUCCUAUGGGCCAUUUGGAAGAAUAGGAACUCCAUUCUAUUUGCCAGUAAACAGGAAUCUUUGAACUUGAUAGUUCGUAAUGCUAUAGAAGAUGCGAGCUUAUGGGACAAGCUGAAUAUGAAGGCAAAUGAAGAGGAUCGUAACAGGCGUUGCUCAGGUCCUGUCAAUUCCCAUUGGCAACCGCCUCUGAUAGGUUUGUUUAAAUGCAACCUCAAUGCAAAUUGGCGCAAUGAUAAGCUUCAUAGUGGUGGUUCCUGGACCCUGCGUGACCAUCAAGGAACAAUCAAAUACCAUGCAAGAGAAGCCUUUACCCCCUCUGCUUGUAGGAUGGUAGCUGAAUUCAGAGUCUUGAUAUGGGCUAUGCAAAGCUUAAGGGAUCUGCACAUCUCAGAGGUAACGAUUGUCUCAGACCUCCAUGCGGUUGUGGAUGCAAUCUCUGAUCCAUCGAGAUGGCCGAGAUAUCGGGCUUAUACGGAUUACAUCAAACAUCUUCAAGGUUUUUUCUCCGUAUGUUCCUUUGAACUUGAAACGAUAGGAGCAAAUCGAGUGGCUAGGGAAAUCUCUAAGAGCGUGACUCGUGACGGGAGAUUCCAAUCAUACCUCGCUAUAGGAGGACCUUCGUGGUUACAUCAUUUGAUUCACCAAGGUUUUUAA